AUGGGGCUGGCAAGGCCCUGGCACAUGGCUGCAUUGUGCCUGGGGUCACCAGCACCUAUAGACGGAUCCCAGACUUGGCUCCUGGAUGCACGCCGGGCCUCCGGGAAGGAGAGGGCGAGCCACAGUGGCUGGAGGGGCAGGUGCCUCCUCCCAAACUGGCCUCGUGGGACUCAGGGGUGGAGACGGUGGCAGGGCACAGCCCCCUGGCCACCUUCCCAGGCCUCUCUCAGGACUCUCUGAACAUGAAGCCCCUGGGGAGCCCUGAGCCCUCAGCCCUUGCUGCCCUGGAGCCCCCUGGCCAGUUGGACCGGCUGCUGGCCAGCCGCAAGUUGGAGCAGGUUCUGGAGCGGUCCCAGGUGCGUCCCCGCUUGUCCGCACAGCACCAUGUCCCACCACCGGCACCGCGGAGCAGGCCUGGGUGUGUUACGCCCCUGCUGGGAGCCGGACAGGAGCCCGCCGAGGUGCAGGCCGAGCCAGAGGUGGACCUGGAAGAGGCAGAGGUGGUGGCAGCCGUGGUGCCCAGAGGCUGGGCCUGCCUCCCAGGGCAAGGGCUUCGCUACCUGGAGCACCUGUGCCUGGUGCUGGAGCAGAUGGCAAGACUGCAGCAGCUCUACCUGCAGCUGCAGAGCCAGAGGCCCCCAGAGGAUCUGGAAGAGGAGCUGGCCCUGGCUCCCUUACCUUCCCUUUCAUCUGCCCCAGGCAAUGGGGUGCACGGGUCAGAGGAGCUGCUAAGCCCAACAAAUGAGACAGGGACAGAGGCAGCCUCACGCUCGGAGGUUGGGAUGCUCAGUUCCAACCCUCCCCAACUGCCAGAGAUCCCGGGGGAACCAACUGACAGCUUUCCGCCCUCCCUGGGACACAAGAGCCCCUCCCACUGGGACAAGAUCAAGGUGCUGCUCAACCGGAUCCGCUGGAGGAGCCCCGGACACCCUGAGCACUCUGUCCCUCCUGAUGGUUGUGGCCCCAGGACUGAGUCCAGGGACUUCUCUGAAAGCCCUCAGUGCCACCCCCAACGGAAGACUUUUAUGCCGUCAUUAGUGGUUAAGAAGCAACGGGCAAAAAACUUUUCAGUAUGUUGAGGCCUCGAUGUAGCUGGUAGCCCUGGCAAAGGGGAUUUGCCUCGGAGUCUUUCUUGUCCUUUCCCCUGUUGCUGCUUUUCUGCACUGCCAGGAAAAGCUACUGAUGCAUGCCCUUCUCCAAGGCGAGGACUGAGUCUUUCUCCACUGAGCACUGUGGCAGAGGAGCCCUAAUUCCUGGAAAGGGCCCAGGGUGUGGCAACUUCAGAGCUCCGCUUCCUUGCUAGAAAUCCCUGGGCCCAGACAAUGUGAACUAACUUAUUUAUCAGGCCUCCGUGUAUUUGGCAGGACGAUGUGUCUGGGCUCAGCAUGUUGCAGAUGCGUGUUCAUGUAUGAUGAUACAUGUGUGUGGGACUGUCGGGAUUGGUAACUGGCUGGAUCCAACUAUGCCCGCUGGAAUCUUGCAUCCAAGGGGCUGGGUAACUAUGGAAGGGUGGAGCUAGGCUUCAGUCCACACAGGGGUUACUGAUCUGGAUUCCAGCUUUCCUCCUCGUGACUGAAUUGGCAGCUCCAGCACAAAGAAGACUGCUGUCUUGGCUACCUCUGUAUUAGUCGUGCACCUGGAGCUCCUGUGGACUGUGUGAAGAGUGCGCAGGCAUGGGGGAGGAUCAGGGACAGUGUGGGGCACAGCGGAAUAGCCUUCAGGGCUGGUUCUCAGCUGCUGUGCUCCAUACUAGCUUGUACGUGUCAGAGCUGAAACCUGAAGCUAAUGCUACAUAGCUGUUAGACUUGACAAAGUCUCAACUUUUGAGCCACAGCUUCCCAUUUGGGAUAAUGAUGCCUGCCUUACCUACCUCACAAGCUUGUUAUGAGGAUAAAAUGAGAUGAAACUGUCUCCAA